AUCCAGUCUUUAACAAUGCUGAAGUCAAAUGACUCAUUGUUUUCCUUGGAUACUUUGUUUUUUGAAAAACCAGGUGAAGCUAAAAACUAUCCAGACAAUGAAGAAUCAUUGGAUUGGUUUCUCCCACCUGCUCCAUUGAUUUCAGAAAUUCCAGAUACUCAGGCAUUGGAGGAGGAAAUAGGAAGUCAUAAACCGUUAGGUCAGGAGGAGAAGCCAAAAAUGUUACCAUCAAAUUUAAAGAUAAUUAAUGAAAACACAAAUUAUAUUUCACCAACACAAAAAUUCCAGUUUGCCUUUUCCUUAAAUAAAUAUGAAGCAGGUGAUCUGAAUUUAGGAGGAGCAGGUAACGAUGAUUUAUCACAUGUUCCUGGCAAGCUGACAUAUGGUAUUUAUCAGAAAUACAAAAAUCAUGUUAGCACUGAAAUAAUACCUGAGAAAAGUGUUCCAGAUAAUACAAAACUAUUUAAUUUUGCAGAAGGUAAAGGAGAGAGCACAUCAGCCUUCCGAAAAAGGUUGUUUAAAAUAUCUGAUAAUAUACAUGAGGGUGUUAACUCUAAUGACAGUACAAACUUGGACUCUCCUGUUGGCUCAGUGAAAGUUGCCCCAACAGAAAUGAACAAAGGGGAAUCAUGGAAAUGUAGCAGUAGUAAACAGAAACAUCAAUAUUCAGACAUUAACAUGUUUACAGCAAGCAAUACUCUUUCUGCUUCUGAAAUCAGGGAAGAGAUAUUCAAAACACCAACUUUUGCAGUUGCAUCCCAGCCUCAUGAAGUUCAAGUGGCACCAAUAAAAGCCCUGUGUAGUCAGCGUUUUGAUGAUUGGAAAGAAAAAUUUGGACCAAUAGGAUUGAAUUGUAAAGAACUCACUGGAGAUACAGUAAUGGAUGACCUAUUUGAGAUUCAGCAUGCCCAUAUUAUUAUGACAACUCCAGAAAAAUGGGAUAGCAUGACUAGAAAAUGGAGAGACAACUCUUUGGUCAAGCUGGUUAGACUCUUUCUCAUUGAUGAGGUACAUGUUAUAAAAGAUGAAAAUCGUGGACCAACUCUUGAAGUUGUAGUUAGCAGAAUGAAAACUGUACAGUCUUUAUCUCCUGCUUCUGAAAAUGGUGCCAUAAUUACUCCAAUGAGAUUUGUAGCUGUAUCUGCAACAAUUCCAAAUGCUGAGGAUAUUGCAGAAUGGCUUUCAGAUGGUGAAAGACCUGCGGUAUGCCUGAAAAUGGAUGAGAGACAUAGGCCGGUGAAACUCCGUAAAGUAGUUCUUGGAUUCCCCUGCAGAAGUAACCAAACUGAAUUUAAGUUUGAUUUAACCCUCAACUACAAAAUUGCCAGUGUUAUACAAACAUACUCUGAUCAGAAACCCACACUUGUGUUUUGUGCAACAAGGAAAGGUGUACAACAGGCUGCUUCUGUUCUUGUGAAAGAUGCUAAAUUUAUCAUGGCUGUGGAACAGAAACAGAGGUUACAGAAGUGUGCAUAUUCCAUAAGAGAUUUGAAACUGAGAGAUACCUUAAUACAUGGUGUUGCUUAUCAUCAUGCUGGUAUGGAGCUGUCAGAUAGAAAAGUAGUUGAAGGAGCUUUCACUGUUGGAGAUCUACCAGUUCUUUUUACUACCAGUACUUUAGCUAUGGGAGUAAAUUUGCCUGCUCACCUAGUAAUUAUAAAAUCUACGAUGCAUUAUGUUGGAGGAAUGUUUGAAGAAUACAGUGAAACAGAUAUUCUGCAGAUGAUUGGUAGAGCUGGUCGACCUCAAUUUGACACUACAGCUACUGCAGUUAUUAUGACUCGGUUAAGUACAAAAGAGAAAUAUAUUCAGAUGUUAGCUUGUAGUGACACUAUAGAAAGCAGUUUACACAGACAUCUUAUUGAACAUUUAAAUGCAGAGAUAGUGUUACAUACCAUCACAGAUGUGAAUAUUGCUUUGGAAUGGAUACGAUCAACUUUGCUUUAUAUCAGAGCCUUGAAAAAUCCAUCUCAUUAUGGUUUUGCAUCUGGAUUGAACAAAGAUGGAAUUGAAGCAAAAUUACAAGAAUUAUGUUUGAAGAAUCUGAAUGAUUUAUCAUCUCUGGACUUGAUAAGGAUGGAUGAAGAUGUUAAUUUCAAACCAACUGAGGCAGGAAGAUUGAUGGCUUGGUAUUACAUUACAUUUGAGACAGUGAAGAAAUUUUGUACCAUCAGUGGAAAGGAGACUUUAUUAGAUCUGGUCACAAUGAUAGCCAGCUGCAAGGAAUUUGUAGAUGUGCAGUUAAGGAUAAAUGAAAAGAAAACACUGAAUACUUUGAACAAGGAUCCAAAUCGGGUAACAAUCAGAUUUCCAAUGGAAGGAAGAAUUAAAACAAGAGAAAUGAAAGUAAAUUGUCUUAUUCAGGCUCAGCUAGGAUGCAUUCCAAUACAAGACUUUGCUUUGACACAAGAUACCUCAAAGAUUUUCAGAAAUGGCUCACGAAUUACAAGAUGGUUAUCAGAUUUUGUGGCUGUUCAAGAAAAGAAGUUUGCUGUACUAUUGAACAGUUUGAUUUUAGCUAAAUGUUUUAGAUGCAGACUUUGGGAAAACUCUCUACAUGUAUCCAAACAGCUGGAAAAAAUUGGUAUAACAUUGUCAAAUGCAAUGGUAAAUGCAGGUUUGACCUCCUUUAAAAAAAUAGAAGAAACAGAUGCAAGAGAACUUGAACUGAUUUUAAAUAGACACCCCCCAUUUGGAACGCAAAUAAAAGAAACAGUGAUGUAUCUGCCAAAAUAUGAACUUGAAGUGGAACAGAUCGCAAGAUAUAGUGACACCAUGGCAGAAAUAUUAGUGACCAUUACCUUAAGAAAUUUUGAACAGCUACAAACUAAAAGAACAGCACCAGAUUCUCACUAUGUUACCUUAAUCAUAGGUGAUGCCGAUAAUCAGCUGGUUUUUAAGCACAGAAUUAUGGAUUCUGUUUUGCUAAAAGCUGGAAAUUGGACUAAAAAGAUUGAUGUGAAGAGAGCUUUUAAUUCUGAAGAUCUUAGCGUAAAUCUAAUUAGUUCUGAAUAUGUUGGACUCGAUAUUCAGCAGAAAUUUUCAGUCUUUUACUUAGGCUUUACGAAGAGGCCUGAAAAUCAAAUAGUUAUGCGAAAAAAAUCAGAAACAGAGAUUUCCCAUUCUAAACAUUCAAAUAGAUCUAUGAUAGCAGGACCCAAUAAAGGAAUGACUGCUUGCAAAAAACCUGGGAAUCGAGAAUGUAAUCAUCACUGUAAAAAUAAACAUACAUGUGGACAUGACUGCUGUAAAACUGGAGUUGCACAGAGGUCAGAAAUGAAAGAGCCAACAAUCUCUUCAUAUUUAUCUGAUUUAAGAAAUAGGAAUGCUAUUUCAUCACUUCCUCCUGUUAAACGUCUCAAGAUGCAAAUGAAUAAGUCUCAAAGUGUGGACCUUAAAGAAUUUUGUUUUACUCCAAAACCUUCUCUCCCCAGUAUAUCAAGGUCAGAGUGUUUAAACAUACCUGAAUUGUCUAUAAUGGAGCAGAGGGAUCAACAUGAAAUCUGUGCAGAAUUUCAACAAGAACCAUCAGAAUAUCAAGAUAAAGAUUUCUCUAGAUGGAACUAUCCUAUAACUUCAGAUGAGAAAGCCCCUCAAACAGUGCUGUUCAACAGACAUCUUAAUGCAUCUGGAAACCAGAAUUUGAAAGAUGUGGAUAAAAGUAAUACUCCAUUCUCAAAAGUUUUGAAUGUGAACUUUGAAUUGGGAGAUGAAGUUUGGGAUGAUUUUGAUGAUGAGAACUUAUUAGAAGUUACCAGUUUUUCAGCCAGUACUGAGAAGACAAAAACAUCAGGAUUUAGAAACACUUUGAGUUCAAGUACCAAAGGAAAUAAGCUAUUCCUCCAGGAGUCAAAGAGCAAAUUCCAAGGAGAAAUGGCAAAAAGUUUUGUUUCAUCGCCUGAGAAGCCAGAUGUUUAUUUAUCAAAUUCUCCUGUGUUCAAGUUUGAUGCAUCCUCCAUGAAAAAAUCACCUCAACAAGCUGGAAAUGCAAAUAUUGUCUAUUUACAAGAAAGAGAACAACAAAGCCUGUCACCGGAAAUUGAAAGGCUGUGCUUUACUCACUCUGAAAAAAUACCAAAUUCUUCACAUUUUGUUAAGAAAGUGGAUUUCUUUAUUAGAAACAGUGAAUGUAAAGAGGAAGUUGAUUUCAGUAGGUAUCAUCCUAAUGAUGAAGCUGAUGAAAUGAAGUCUUUUCUGGGAAUAUUUGAUGGUAUUUUCUAAAAGAAACCAAAAAAUUCAUCUCCUAUUAAUAAGAUAAGGUAUAUAGACACCCAGUUACAAAGCAUGCAUUUUAUUUUUUUAAAGUAGUUCAUAAUUGUUCAAAUGUUUUUCUCUUGAAUUUGACCAGUUUUGUUGACUUAUUUGCACCAAAUUUUUGGAUUGAUUUAUUUUCCUAUUGGAGCUUCAUGAAAAACACUUUUAUAGUGGAUUUGUUUCAGUAAGCUAAAAAUUAAAUUGCACUUAAAUGUAUCUUGAUUGGAUUUUGACAGGAACCAAUAAAAGUACAUUUUUAUAUUAAGAAAUUCUAUGAAAAGAAAAUAAUGCUAGGUCAGUGGAUCAAUUUAUUAUAUGGAUUAUUCACCAAUAUUGUUUUGUUUUACUAAAGAUUUUUAAGAAUCCAG